AUGGAGUCUCUUUCCUCCGUGUUCUCUAUCUUCAUUCUGUUCCAUUUGCAGUGUGUGAUGACUGAACAAGCAGAGGUUGUUUAUCAAUGGAAAUCCUUAGAUUACUCAUGGCCAAAUGACACUACCAAACAACAGUUCAUCACUGACAAGCGAUUCAUUGCGGAAAAUAAUAUCAUUACUGGAGUGAAAGUAUUGGAUGGAAGCGUUUAUGUGACCGUGCCAAGAUGGAAACCAGGGAUCCCAUCGACGCUCAACAAAGUAAUCAAUAAUCAAGUUGAUACGGAUGAACACAUUUUAGAACCAUACCCAAAUUGGAAGAUGCAAACGGUCGGGGAUUGUGACGCGCUUCAGUAUGUCCAAAGCAUGGAGAUUGACCCAAAUACUGGAUACAUGUGGAUAAUAGAUUCUGGACGGAUCGAUCGCCUCACUGGUCAGCCACGAGACCUUUGUCAGGCUAAAUUGGUCAUUUACGACAUUCGAAACGACCAACUCGUCCACGUGCACAGGUUUCCCGAUAAUGUUGUUUCAAGAACGUCUAAUUUUAUGAACGAUAUCGUUUUGGAUUACGUAAAUGGCGCUGCCUCAUUUGCAUAUAUCACGGACACUUCCGACGCCAGAUUGUAUGUAUAUGACUUUAUACGUGAUAGGUCAUACUUUUUUAAACAUCCCUCAAUGGGAUUCGAACCGGGAACCGAGAUAAUAAAGAUCGGGAACAGUUUUGUGACAACGAGGGCUUCGAUUGAUGGAAUAGCUAUGAGUUCUGACUUCCGCUUCCUUUACUUCUGCGCAUUGAAUGGUUACACGCUAUAUAGGGUGUCAACGACAAUACUUAGAGAUCCAUCGUCAGUCUUUUCUGUUGAAAACGUUGGCCGAAAAACUGACCUCAGUGAUGGUAUGGUGUUUACAGAUAAGGGUUUGUACUACGGAGGCUUGACCAAGAAUGCAGUAUAUAAGUGGUCAGUAGGUCAGGAUAAGAUCAACCCAUUUAAUCAAAAGCUAGUCAUUUCCAACAAUAGUAGUCUUCGAUGGGUCGACACCUUCGCCAUGGACGACCGCCAGAAUCUUUGGCUGGUUGCUAACAGUUUGGACUUGUUCUUCACAAGAAGAAGAAAUCUAACACAAACUAAUAUGUAUAUUUGGAAAAUACCAGUAGGAGAAAACGGAUAUCUCUCAGGCGCUGUAUCGCGGACAAAAGAAAAUAUUUCCAACGGACACACCGAUAAUACAGGGUGUGAUACAGUUCUUGUGUCAUUACUGGUUGUAUUGACCAUGUCAUUCACAAACCAAUAA